CUCUUUGGAAUUUUGUUGAGCCGUUGGUGACCCUGUAAUUAACGUUGUUCAUUUUUAAAUCACCUUAAUCAACACAUGUGUUUUUGUAAUUAACAAUAGUGUACGAUUGUUUGAAUUAUUUGUUUACAUCAUUGAUAUCAGGUGUUAGUGAUUGAGAAAGAAUGUCUUUCUUUAUAAAAUCCAAAAAUAAUUCAAGACUGGGCAUAGCUGAAAAAAAAUUUAAGGGUAAUAAUGUGAAGCGUAAGAUAAAGAACUCUGAAGGAGUCUUGAAGAAGAAGAAGAAGAAUAAGUUUGAUGACGAGGAGAUAGAGAGCUCAGAGGAUGAGGCGGGCCGGCCCGAGCGGCCUCCGCCUGCCGCGGAGUCCGAGGACGAUGCAGAGGAGACCAGCCAGGAGAAACGCCUCAGGCUCGCCAAGCUGUACCUCAGUGAGCUCGAGAAGGAAGAGGCGGAGCGGAGGGAGGGCCAGGCGCCCGACAGGGACCUGAUCGCCCGCCGGCUGAAGGAGGGGGUGUUGGAGCAGAGCGGCCGACUGCGCAGGACGGUGGCUGACGAGUACGCUGGGCCGGACCUGAGUGCCGUCGCGCUGUUGCGCUGCAAGCAGCAGUCGUGCCCGCUCACCUGCCUCGUGCUCUCCGCGGACAACACCUGCGCCUUCGCCGGGGCCAAGAACGGCAGCAUCGUCAAGUGGUCUCUUGACAAGAGGGUCAAAGAAACGUGCAUACUUGGCCUACGCAAAAACUCCCCGAAGGAUCAAGUUGGACACAAGAAACCUGUUCUCUGUCUGGCCAUAUCAACAGAUAGUCAUUUCUUGGCGUCUGGGGGAGAAGACUGUGUGAUCCACGUUUGGAAGCCAGGCAACUUGCAGCACAUCCACUCUUUCCAAGAUCACCGGGGCAGUGUGACGGGCUUGGCGUUCCAGCACAGCACCCACCAGCUGUUCAGUUGCUCGCGAGACAAGUCCGUGAAGGUCUGGAACCUCAGUGAAAUGUGCUACGUGGAGACUUUGUUUGGCCACCAGGCGGACGUCACAGCAAUCGAUGCGCUGCACCGGGAGAGAGCGCUCUCUGCAGGAGGCAGAGAUGGCACGGUUCGUCUGUGGAAGAUUGUAGAGGAGUCCCAACUCAUAUUCAAUGGCCACAAAGGAAGCAUUGAUUCUGUGAAACUCAUAAAUGAAGACCACUUCAUCACAUGUGGGGAUGAUGGGCAGCUAUGCUUGUGGGGCAACCUGAAGAAGAAGCCACUGUGCAUUGUGAACAAUGCUCACGGCAUCUCAGAGUCCAACGAAGAAGCUAACUGGGUCUCCAGCAUUGCAGCCCUUGUCAAUACAGAUCUGGUUGCAUCAGGUUCGCACGACGGGCACGUGAGGCUGUGGAAGUGUGGCUCCGGGUUCCGGGAGCUGACGUGUGUGAUGCAGGUGCCAGUGACGGGGUUUGUGAACGCUCUGUGCUUCACGUCGGACGGGAGCCACCUGAUAGCGGCCGUGAGCAAGGAGCACAGGUUUGGUCGCUGGUGGACGAUCAAAGAAGCAAAAAACGCCAUAGUGAUCAUACCUCUACUCAAGAAAUAGCAAGAUUUUGUAAUUUUAUUAAUAAAUAUUUGUUUCUUGUUAGUACCA